UGUUCGCGUUCGCACGUUUUUCGCAGCACCUCUACUAUCGAUACCAGUAGAGUUGGUGAUUUGGUUUUACGUUACCGCACGGUAGGAAACGAACCCGCGUUUGUCAAAACCCCGUUCAUUGCCUGAGGCCCUGCUUAAAUUAGAUCAGUUUGUUUUUUUUGGCAUUUUCGUGAACAUUGAACGGUAGAUAAAUAUAAAACUAGCCACCGUGUGUAGCUGACCGUGAGAAUUUUCGGAAUUACACUCAAUCUGGAUUAGCGAUUCCGACAAAUGCAAAUCAGUUAUUAGAAACAAAUGUAUGAUGUGUAGAAAAAAACGCAAACAAAAGUGCACCGGAAGAUGGUGACCUGUAGGUGAAAUUAGCUCAGUUAGCUAGAUAUCCUACAAGUACACUGAGGUGCUGCAAACAUCAAUCAAUGUCAUAAGGUGUAUAUAUUGACAUUCUACUGCUGUAAUGAAACUUCGGCGCAAUGACCUAAAACUUCCAGAUCUAACAGUGCAACCAGCUCAGAAAUGUUCUACAACCUGUUAACGGAUGUCUCGUGGGAGAUACAAAACUGAAAUCUCACAUUCUCGUGACACCAUCCAAGAGUAUCUCUACAGUCUGAGAAAAGAUCGGCAAAUGUAUGGGGCAGGCGGGUGAUUAUGUCUGGUGGGAUUUUUUUUGCUAAAGGAAAUGACAACGGAUAUGUGAUAGAGAAGAUUGUCUCAAUUAGCAACUGUGGUACUUUCUAGAUAAUCAAGAAGGUUCAAUAAACCUGUCAACUGAAAUAAUUGAGCCAAACGAACGUGUUGAUCCUAACAGAAAAAAAACUCGUCCGUAUGGGUUGCCGAAGCCAGAUAAAAACGAUUUAACAGUGUCCAGCGCAACUUUUGGCGAAUCUAGUCGUGCUUUCUCUACAUGCCCAAUAACAAUGCAAAAUUCAGCGGCUCGUCGCUUGUCGCUGAUUUCGUGUUGCUCUGACCUUUUAUGCCAGAAGCAUCCGUGCCCGCGAGUGAGAUAGAAGAAAGUUUUUUUGGUUAACAGUGAAACGAUCACAAAGCGCUCUUCUUACCAGCCCGUCCCCUGAAAUAUAUGAUUGAUAGAAGAUAACGAAACUCUACCGAACGAGACAGUGAAAGAAACGGAACAUCGGAAAUAAUUAACAUUUUAGGUGUAGCGAUAAAAACGUCGCACGAAACACAUAACAAAAUAGUAAAUUAAAAAAUAGUUCAACGUGAACCGAAAUUCCAAAACCAAGUAUUAGUGGUUUAUUUUAUUAGUGCGUAUUGCGAAAGUAAUUCUCUCAAAAUGAAGACAGCCAGAUGCAUUAGCCACCUCUCAUCCGUUAGCUUAGUUCUGUUGAUAAAUGUCGCAGUCGCUGGAUCCAUACAAAUUGACAACAGACUCGUACAGCCCCAGCAUGACUGUUUCGAGCGGAUAGCACUAGGCGCAAUGCUACCAUUUGAGAAGACGUUUCGAAACUCGGAUACAAACUCAUUGAAAAUCUGCGAAACACUCUGUUUAAACGAUAAAGAAUGUCAAACCUUUGCAUUCGGCAUCUCCGGCCGGGGUAAUGGUACUUGCCAGUUAUCGGCUAAUGUAAUCGACGCCACUAAUUCACGUCCUGUCGGCACGGUAUUCGAUCCAGAUUUUGAUCUCUAUGCCAGGAAGUACAAUUGUUUUUUAGAUUCAGGCGGACCGUCCAACCCUCCUCCACGGCCUGGGGGAUUCACUAGUUUCCCAGCGAGUGAAUUACCACCCGGAGGAACGCAACGUCCCACUUCAGCCUUUCCUCCCCCGGGAACAGCAGACCGGCCUAACCCACCUGUAUUUUCACCAACUGGAACCACUGCCACAGGGGAACCAAUAUCAAAUACCAACAACGGUUUUACUGACCCUAGACCCACCAGUGAAUAUCCGGGCACAUUUUCAUCAAGUGUAGGAUCUACCUACAAUCAGGCGACAGGUGAAACAUUUCCGGAAACAACUGCUCCAGGAGAAGAAUAUUACACCACAAAGGAGCAGCCCUCCUCCACUGUAUCCGGUCAUUAUUCUCCUUCGACCAGUACUGCCUCCGGUCAGCCUAGCAGUACUGGAACAGACCGGAUUCCUCCGAAUCAACCACCACCGAGAGAACCGUCCAUGAAAUAUCCACUAGAUCUCAGACCACAAUACCCGGCAGAAUCUGGUCCAUCGCGACCUGGAAACUACCCUUACCAGUAUCCAAUGCUCUACGAAACAAACUAUCCUCUGCCAAAUAAAAACGAACGACUACCAGGCGUUUAUGCACCUAACAUCCCAUCUGUAGAUAACAACUAUCUACGACCAGAAUACUCAGGCUAUUUUGGACGACCAUCUGGUCCUUCAGGUCCAACGGGUAUCAUGAAACCAGAAGAUAAUGCACUUUCUGGCUAUGGCGGCAGUGGACCUCAACGCCCGAUAGACAACAAACCUACCGACUAUGGCGGACCUCUCCGGCCAUCUGGUUCGGGAUCGGCUUCCGGCCCGUCAGGAUCCGGAAACACACGACCAUCCGUACCACAAAGUGGACCAACCAGUAUAGGUGGAUACAAAGUAACAGAAGAUAAACCUGAUCUGCAGCCAUCGAUAUUCAGACCAUGCUACCGCCGGGUUCUGGCCGGGAAACGUGUCGCCCCGCAAUGGGUACGAAGGACACUGAUUUGCGAACGAGUGGAAGAUUGCCAACGCGAAUGUGGCGAUGAGCGUCGGUUCCCCUGUGAAGGAUUCAACUAUCGGCUUGAUCCGACCGGCCGAGGCCAGGGAGACUGCGAGCUUAUCGAUCAACCCUUGUCCCAGAUCGAUCUGUAUUCUAGUCCACAUCAAAGAGAUUCUAACCUGAUUCGAGAUCCUGACUACGACUACUAUGAGCGUGAUCGCGGUGCAUCUCCAUCGUGUCGUACCAAUUACGGCUGCAAGGAUUGCAUAGUGAAGCCGUAUCGUCCACCGUUUGACUACAUCCGACCAACGACCUACCGUCCUCAUGCCGAAAGUUAUAAACCUUUUCCUCCAGAACGAUCACCGUACGAGGACGAUCAUUACAAACCAAUGACGGCAAUCGACAAAUAUCGGCCGUCGUUGUUCGAUAGAGAUUUUGAUCGGUAUGGUUCCAAUUUCUACCCUAUUCCCCAGCCUCCACCACCAAGUGAUUCCUAUAGGCCAUUACUGUCAUACAAACCACAUUUCAUGGGAGAAAUUGAUCGCUACGGAUCGAUAGAUCACGAUCGCUACAAACCUCUUCCUCAAGGGCCAUAUGGCAGUGGUAGCUAUGAACGCCAUGAUUUUUUCCGACCAUCGAUACCAUAUCAAGAAGAUCAUCGACCGAUAAUGCAUCGACCACGUCAUCCAUACGAAGAUCGUGAGCCACCACCAUCGCAACAAACUCAAUAUCCAUCCCACGGUGACAAAUCAAAUAAUUUUGUUCCAUACCUAAUCGGACAGGAUGCUCAGAAGAAUUGGGGUGUAUACGGCGGCUCGUACGGCCACAGUGGAGCUGAUUCUUACAAAUCAAUAUCCGAUUACUGGGGAAUUAGAAACGAGAUCAAACGAUACGACGGACCAUCGUUCAACUAUUUUGAACUGCGAAACGAUCACCCUCCUGAUGAUAAUGCCAUCUGGAACUAUGGCGGUAGAAAAUAUGGUCUCGAUGAUCCGCAUGCGUUAAGCAUUCCAGAUCAUCGGCCAGAUCGUGGCAACUUUGGACAACAGUGGAGCAGACGGCCUAGUCUUGAUGACUGCUCGGUAAAAUCCAGCGAAGGAUUCCGACUAAACAAAGGAGUCGUAAAGUACGCCUUGAACACUCCGACUGUAAUCGAAUGUGAACGUAUGUGCUUCUCGGAAGCUCGAUUCCGAUGUCAUACCUUCAGCUAUCGUUACUCGACGAUCUCACGCGAAAACUGUCUGCUGUGCGAUCGACCAUACAAUCUGCUAGAUUUUUAUGCCGACUUGGAGCCGGAUCGUGACUACGACAUCUAUUCUAUGACCGAUGACCCCAAGGCAUGUCACCCGGAGUCGCAUCCUCCAAUCCGAGAUGUUACCGCUCAAUGCUUCAUCCGAACAAUUGACUCGUCCCGUUUCUACAAAGCGAUUAUUCGCGAUUCGCUUACCGUACGAUCGGUCGGCGAGUGUGAAUUGGAGUGUAUUAAGGCCUUGAAAUUCACGUGUCGAGCGUUCACGUAUAGUUUUGGUCCACACACGAUCAAUUCCGUGAUCGACAAUUGUCUACUAUCGGACUGGCCGGUGCGGGACAUGGAUCGCGAUCGACACCUGGUGCUUGACGAAGGAUUCGACGUAUUUGAACGAGCAAGCUAUGGUCAGGGUUGUGAAAUUCAACCAAUUAUCGAUGAUAAACAUCAGAAAAAAUUCUGUUACCUAGGGUAUGGAUCCCCUGCAAAACUGCUUUCAUCGGCUAUCAAGAAGGUAAUUUCUGUAAAUACUGAACUUGACUGUAAGAAUGAAUGCAUCAGGCUUAGAGAAACCACACCGUUCAAAUGUUUGUCGUUCAGUUUCGGUUCACAGGCGUCAACCUACAACUGCGAAAUGUCUGAUUUGGAUCAAAGUGAAUUAAAAAUGGGUGUUCAUUAUGCUCACACAAACAAUCGGGACUACUGGUUGUUUGCAUGGAAUCCCUUUGACUACACCUGCCGCGAUAAAAUCAUCACCAUCAGCAGUGGCAGUAAUAGUGGGAACAGAGAAAAUCACGACCGUCGGAUGGACAUAUUCCGAGAACCGGGUGAUGGAAGUUGGCGCCAGUAUACCGUAUCGGGGAAACCCUGCCGUCUCGGUACCAAGUGCGAGCGCAACAAGAUCACAGGGUUUUACUCGUGUGAAAUAGAUGGUGGUGAGGUUGGUGCGUGGGACUAUUGCUGUAAGACCGAUCACCCUUGCGGAUACUCGCAAGGGUUCGAGUACCCAUGGUGCUAUGUGGGCGAUGCUCCCGACCAGUGGCGAAAAUGCAGCGAUAAAUACUUCCCAGCGAAACACCACCAGCAGCACCCCAAUGGUCUCACCGAUGGUUCGCGUUAUCAAGACAAGAAUAAAAAGGGUGAAAUCUAUCAACCACCACCGAAACCAGGCGGACUAAGGCACAUGGACGAUGUAACGGCCCCGGCCGAACUAUGGCCUGUAACGUUCCUGUAUGACAAAGGACCACCUGGGACGGCUUCGAAACCGAUGGCCUCCAACGCGACCGACCUCAGCAGCAACGUGAUCGAUUGUAAGAAAGACAAGUGCUAGUGAAGUAAACAGUAUGAUUUGAGUUUCAGAUGGACGAUGGACAGCCGAUUAGCUUUAAAUCGUUCUAGUAGCGGUAGCAUUUAGACGAUGUAAGACUAUAGCAAGCAUCUCAUUACAUGGCAUCUAACUGUAAUUCUAUAAAAAUACUGCCAAAAUUAAUACCUUCUGAACUAUUUAUAAACGAAUUUCAACAAGGAUAUCGUGAGCUCUUGCCGCUUUCUUUAUUAAACAAACGGUUCUUCUCAGUUUGUGUCUUUUUAACCGAAGACCAUAAAGAAAGUAGGUGACAAAAUUCAAUAAAAG